CCGACCCCGAGCGGCGUUUGCAGCCUGCGACCCUAGAGCCGCUGGGCCACCCUGACGCUGGGCUGGAGUCUGCGGUCGGUGAGGAAGCGGAGGGGGCCCGGGACGAGGGCCCCGGGGACGGCACGGGGCUUCUCUGGUGGUGCAGUGGUUAAGGAUCUGCCUGCCAAUGCAAGGGACCCGGGUUUGAGCCCUGGUCUGGGAAGAUCCCACAUGCCGCAGAGUAACUAAGCCCGUGAGCCACAACUACUGAGCCCACCUGCCGCAACUACUGAAGCCCAUGCACUCUAGGGACCCGCAUGCCGCAACUACUGAGCCUGCGUGCUGCAAUUACGGAAGCCCGUGUGCUUAGAGGCUGUGCUCCGCAACAAGAGAAGCCGCUGCUUGCAGCAACUAGAGAAAGCCCACGUGCAGCAAGGAAGACCCAACGCAACCAAAAAAAGAAAACAACCCUCAUAAAUAACAUACAGCAGUGUUAAUUAUACUUAUCAUGUUGUAUAUUCCAUCUGUAGUACUUAUUUAUCUUAUAACUGGAAGUUUGUACCUUUUGACUGCUUUCAUCCAGUUCUUUUUCCCCCCAUACCUCACCUCUGGUACCACAAAUCUGAUCUCUUUUUGUGGAGACAUACUUUGAAACUAUGAAAAUAUCUUGUUCCUCAUCAAAAUUUCUGUUUAUUUGUGUGUUUCAUUAUGGACUCAUGGAUUUUAUUUUAUUUAUUAAACUUUAUUAAGGUAUAGUUUAUAUACCGUAAAAUUCAGUCAUUAUAAGUAUAUAAAUUCAGUAAUUUUUAGUAAAUUUGCAGAGUUGCACAACCAUCACUGCAACCUAGUUUUAGAACAUUUCUGUCAUUCCCCCAAAUUCCUUCAUUCCCCUUUGUAGUUAAUCCCCCUUCCCACCCUUAGCCCUAGGCAACCACUGUCUGCUUUCUUUAUCAAUUUGUCUUUUGGGUAUUUCAUAUAAAUGGAAUCAUACACUCUGUUGUCUUUUGAGUCUGCCUUCUUAUAAUGUUUUUGAGGUUCAUCCAUAUUAUAGCAUGUAUUAGUCAUUUCUUUUUGUUACUGAAUAAUAGUCGAUUGUAUAGAUACAUCACAUUUUGUGUAUUCACCAUUUGAUGGAAGUGGGGUUAUUUUCAGUUUUUAACUAUUAUGAAUAUUACUGCUAUGAUGAAUAUUUAUUCCUGUGCAAGUCUUUGUGGGGAUGUAUGUUUACAGUUCUCUUGAGUUAGACUUGUAGGAGCGUAAUUGCUGGGUUAUAUGGUAAGUUUAUGUUUACUUUUUAAGAAACUGCCACUAUUUUCCAAAGCAGCUGUACCAUUUAACAUUACCACCAGCAAUUAUGAGGCUCACAUUUCUCCACAUCCUUGCCAGCACUUGGCAUUGUCUAUCUUUCUGAUUAUGGCCAUUCUAGUGGGUGUGAAGUGGCUUUAAUUUGCAUUUUUCUAAUGACUCCUGGUGUUGAGCAUCUUCUCAUGUGCUUAUUGCCAUUUGUAUGCCUUCUCUGGUGAAAUUCUAUUCAGAUCUUUUGCUUAUUUUAAAAUUGGGUGGUUUUCCUUUUUACUGAGUUGUAUAUACGUGUUGUUCAGGUAUUCUGGAUACAAGUUUUUUCUUUUUUUAAUCAGUUAAUGAGAUUCUUUUCCCCCCAGGCUGUGGCUUUUUUCUUUUUCUUAAUGGUGUCUUUACAAGAGCAAAAAUUUUUAAUUUUGACAAAGUCCAGUAUAUCAAUUUUUUUUCUUUUAUAGGUUGUUGUUUUGGUAUUGUAUCUGAGAACUCCUUGCUUAUCCCAAGAUCACGAUGAUUUUCUCCUUUGUUUUCUUCUAGAAAUUUCAGUUUUAGCUUUUUUUUGGCCAUGCCGAGCAGCUUGCAGGAUCUUAGUUCCCCGACCAGGGAUUGAACCUGGGCCCUCGACAGCGAAAGUGCAGAGUCCUAACCACUGGACCACCAGGGAAUUGCCCAGUUUUAGCUUUUAUAUCUGAAUGAUGGAAAAUAAUUUUUGGUUGAAGAAGAUAGAAAUUAGUGUUUCAGAAGCAGAAAAGCGAACUGGGAGGAAUGCCAUGAACAUGCAAGAAACAUAUACUGCUUACCUCAUUGAAACAAGGUCAGUUGAACAUAUUGAUGGUCAGAGUGUCCUAACAGACUCACUAUGGAGGCGGUAUAGUGAAUUUGAGUUGUUGAGAAACUACCUUUUAGUUUACUAUCCGCAUAUUGUUGUGCCACCUUUACCAGAAAAAAGGGCAGAAUUUGUUUGGCAUAAACUCUCUGCUGACAACAUGGACCCGGAUUUUGUGGAAAGACGUCGAAUUGGUUUAGAAAACUUCCUCUUGAGAGUUGCUUCACAUCCCAUCCUUUGUAGAGACAAAAUCUUCUAUUUGUUUUUAACACAGGAAGGUAACUGGAAGGAGACUGUGAAUGAAACCGGAUUUCAGCUGAAGGCAGACUCCAGGUUAAAAGCGCUUAAUGCAACAUUCAGAGUGAAAAACCCAGACAAGAGAUUUACAGAACUAAAACACUACAGUGAUGAACUACAGUCUGUCAUCUCACAUCUUCUUCGAGUCAGAGCUAGAGUAGCAGACCGACUGUAUGGUGUAUAUAAAGUACAUGGGAAUUAUGGGCGAGUUUUCAGUGAGUGGAGUGCCAUAGAAAAAGAAAUGGGUGAUGGACUGCAGAGUGCUGGUCAUCAUAUGGAUGUGUAUGCGUCUUCUAUUGAUGAUAUUUUAGAAGAUGAAGAACAUUAUGCAGAUCAGUUAAAGGAGUAUCUUUUUUAUGCAGAAGCACUGAGGGCUGUGUGCAGGAAACAUGAACUUAUGCAGUAUGAUUUGGAGAUGGCUGCUCAGGACUUAGCAUCCAAGAAGCAGCAGUGUGAGGAACUGGCAACUGGGACCGUGAGAACAUUUUCUUUGAAGGGAAUGACUACCAAGCUCUUUGGUCAAGAAACUCCAGAGCAGAGAGAAGCCAGAAUAAAGGUGCUAGAAGAACAAAUAAAUGAAGGAGAACAACAACUUAAGUCUAAAAAUCAGGAAGGCAGAGAAUUUGUCAAAAAUGCUUGGGCUGAUAUUGAACGCUUCAAAGAACAAAAGAACCAUGAUUUAAAGGAGGCCCUCAUAAGCUAUGCAGUCAUGCAGAUCAGUAUGUGCAAAAAGGGAAUUCAGGUUUGGACCAAUGCUAAGGAAUGCUUUAGCAAGAUGUAAUCCUGUGAAAUGAGUUUCUCUUCAAUCAAAGUGCCCCAAAACAGAAGCACAAGUAAAUAAAAAAAUUUAAGUUGCUACCAGUAUACACAAAAAUAUAUAAUAAGUUGAGUAAAUUCAGCUUUCUUUAAUUUGAUUGUAGUGUUAAUAUAGCACAAAAGGGUGUAUUUUAGUGAAGAUUAAAUAUUAUAAUUUGAGGUUUUGGGGACUGGUGCUGAUUCUAAAAAUGUUAAUUAGAUAAAAUAUACCAACAAAUUGUCAGGCUUCUGAACCAAUGACUGAAUAUCAAGAUGUUAGGUAAUUUUUAGAUGUUCGUUUUAGUGCCCACUGUUUCAGAUCUGCUUAUGUAGGGAGUUUUUUCCUAAGAUUGAAUUCUUAUCUUUAUUUGGUAAGACCCACUAAUCUGUUAUAGGGGGUUAAUUUUCCUUGCCUUAUAGUUGAGCUGUUUGGUUUGACAAACCUCAGCAGAAACUUAGUGUGUAAUCUAAGAAUUUCUUCCACAUUCUUUAAUGCCCCCAAACAUUGCAUACACUAGAAAAUGCCUUCAAUGUGUGUUUUACCAGAAUUUUGAUACUAGUCAAAAAUUUUACACUGCCAACAAAGAAGACACAACUUCUCAAAUAUAUAGUAAAAUACAUUGUUGUGAUCUAGGAAUUGGUAUAUAGCAAGGUUUCAUUGAGUAUGUUACAUACAAGCAUUAAAUUCUCAGAUAAUUCUUAACCUCAGUGAUGAGCCUAAAUUGAUUGACUCUGCUUGGCUCUCUACACAUGGCAUUUCAGGGUACAAAGUGUAGCAUUUCAUUGUAUAAGAUAUAUGUAGUGAACAUAUGUGUUAGUAUCUUCAUUAUUAACAUCCUUUUUUAUUGCUUGGCUGUAAUUUUUGUAAAGAUAAAUUAUAUUGCUUUUGUGUGUGUGUUUUUGUGGUAUAUGUUUAGGAGCCAAGCACCCUUGGUAUUUUGCUAGCUUUGCAGAACCCUACAUGUGUACUCAUUAUUACUAAUUAUGUAAAAAAAGAUUUCCAGUACUGUUCAGCAUUUGACUUUUUUACAUGUUUAAAAUGUUGCUGAAGUUUUGUGCUCUUUGCCAAACUUAUACAAUAAAUAAAUGAAGUAUUGUGUUGAUUUUCA